AAUUGUUUUUACAAUGGUAGCACGAUAAAAAGAGACAUGGCACCUUUCCCUCUCUGUCGCGUUGUUGCUGCUUCUAUCGCAUGUGAUACGAAUUCUUCUCACUAGGAAUUAUCGAUGAUAUUUUCAUCGUCUUCAUUCUACACUUUAUGUCGCUUGUGUGUGUUGCCAGUCAUUAUAAUAGACAUCGAUAAUAUAAUGGGAAAAACCUGAUUUUGUAAACAAUGUCAAAAUUCAACGGAUUACUCUUUCUUUACUCUUUAUCGGCUGUUAUCACUUCAGCUUUAACUGUGAAUUCAACUUUUUGUGAAGUUUCUGAUCAUAACUUAAGUCUUCUAUAUAAAUUCACAAAAUUAUCAUCAAACAAAGAAGAUAUCAUUAUCAAACAAGAUUAUCCAAAUGAAACAAUUCGUAUGCAAUUAUGUUCUCCAUUGAUAAAAAAAUGCAACAAUCAAGAUGGAUAUGCAAUAUGUCUAAUAAAGAAUAACACAGAAAAGGGAAUAGGAAAAUUUCCUCCGGAAAUUGAUAAUAAAUAUGGAAAAAUAUUAUUUAACUUCAUCGGUGAUAACUGUUCACUUGGAAAAUAUAAAGUGCAUAUUAUUAUGCAAUGUAAUUAUGCCGCAGAAAAUAAUUCGUUUCCUGAGUUAUUUCCACAUGAGGACGAACAAUGUGACUUAUUCAUGGUAUGGACGACGGCGUUAGCUUGUGCACCAAGAUUCCAAACAAAUUGUACAAUUGUCAAUAAUGGUUAUCAUUACGAUUUAAGUUCCUUAACAAGGACUUCAAAUAAUUAUGUUAUUCAUAUUAGCGAGAAGCAGUCACUUAAAAUAGUGUUAAAUGUUUGUCAAUCUAUAAUACGUCAAUAUCGUGCUACGUGUCCAAUUAAGACGGGCGCUUGUCUGGAAGAUCGUGAGAAAUCAAAUAGUUUCAGAUAUUCGAGUUUAGGAGAAGUACAAAAACCUCUUUUCUUCAAGGAUGGAUAUUUACAAAUAGAAUAUCAAGAUGGUGCGAUGUGCACCGAAAAUAUUAGGACUCCACAUGUUAAAACAACCAUCAAAUUUGUGUGUCAUUUGGAAGCCAAGGAGACUAUUCCAGAAUAUAUUGGAGGAAGAGAUAACUGUCAUUAUCAAUUAAUAUGGUAUACUGCUGCUGCGUGCAGUAUUGAGUCUCUACAUAACUACAGUGUCAAAACAGCAGGCAACUGCUCUGUUACGAAUCCACUCACGAAUUUUACAUAUAAUUUGCAGUCAUUGAUGAACAGAGACUAUACCGUCGUAAAUACAAGCGGUAUAAAAUACAAAUUCGGAGUAUGCAAAGCACUUACAGAUAACGCAUGUGGAACUGAAACAGGAAUAUGCAAUUCAAAAUACAAUACAUCAUUGGGUCAAGUUAACACAAAUUUGAUAUGGCAGCAGGGUGGCCCUUAUUUAAAUUAUACUAAUGGUAAAUUAUGCGAUAAUGGACUGCGUCAUUAUACAGUUAUCGGAUUUUUCUGCGGACCGGAAGGAUCGUCCAAUCAGCCGUUGCUUAUGGAAGAGUAUCCUUGUCAGACCGUUAUACACUGGAACAUAGAUCUAGCUUGUGAAAAAAGAAUUAAAUGUGUAACUAAUAAUGAUGAUGAAAUUAACUUAACUCCUCUUAUACAAUCUACAAAUAAUUACAUCGUAAAAGCCAACGGUACUGAAUUCCAUAUAAAUAUAUGCCGACCGCUAGUCCCCACUCGAGGUCUUACAUGUGCGCAUGGUAGCGCUGCUUGUAAAGUUUCAGUAAAUUCAAAGAAUGAAUAUACCAAUGAAACCAGUUUGGGAUUUCCUGAGGACAGCCCCACAUUAAAUAAAGAUCUACAAAUAAUAUUACGUUAUAUUGGUGGAUCACAGUGUCCAGAGAAUCCAGUUAAAUCGAUAUCUUCAAAUUUCACAUUUGUUUGUGAUAAUAAUAAUCAGGGACUUCCAGUAUAUAAAACUUAUGUUAAUUGUACUUAUGUAUUUGAAUGGAAUACCAGUAUAGCAUGUGGAGCUGUGAUAGGAGGCUGGACGCCACCCUGUAUUAUAAAAGAUGGUUUUCUAUCGUACGAAUAUGAUCUUUCUUUGUUAUAUAAAAGAGAACAGAUAUAUUAUGUGAAAGGCAAACAAGGCAAGGAAUACAGUAUAAAUAUUUGUGAUGGAGAAAAAUAUUGUAACGGAUCCGCUGUAUGUAACGGAGGCAAUGGUUAUGGAUCACUGAAAAGUGUGGUUUUUGAUUACAGCCGAGAUGACGUAAAGCUCAAAUAUUCAAAUGGCAGUAAAUGUAACAACAGUUCCUACACAUCUGAAAUAAGAUUUAUAUGUAACGAUUCCAUAGGCAUUGGUGUACCAAAACUAUUGCUGGUACUGUCUUAGUAACUUAAAUUAUAUAUAGGUUGUUCUCUCUCUACCAUUACUGCAUCAGUAUUUAACAAUUUGAUCAAAGAAUCUGUUAAGGAUUGGUACAGUAAUGAAGAUAUGGAAAAUUUUAUAUAUAUAAACUAUUAUAUAAAAAAUUAUAUAUAUAAAUUCUUUAUGCUCAUUAAUGCUAUUGCACUAUAUAUAAGUGUAUUUGAUAUCUAAAUAAGAUGCAUUAUAAUACGCCAAAUAGCGUCACUGAGUAUUUUCUUAUACGAGCUAUUUUUUUAAAUUUAAAAGAUAUACUGAAAACUUAUAAUAUAUAUUACAUGAUAGAAUAUCGCAUAUUAAAGUUAACACAUCUAUAACAGGUAUAAACAUUAUAUGAUAUAAUAUUAACAAUAAUAUUUAUAAUAUAUAUUGUGUUAUAAAAAAGCCAAUUUAUAACAAUUUACAAUCAUGAUUUGGAAUUUUAUAUAGUGUGCUCAAAAGUUUAAAUUCAAGUACACACAUUCAACUACAUUUCUCAAAAGGUAUUUAAGAGCUGGCAGAAUAAUAUAAUGUUUACAAUAACAUGUUUAAAAU